AUGGGCGUAAAGGCCUUUCUCAAGAGGCGCUCUCUCAAGGUCUCCGAUGACCGCGUUACCAAGGCGGCAGAUCUCACCACGCGCCAGUCAAUCUGGCCCAUUGCACUCGUCACGACGCUUUUUUUUCUUUGGGGCUUUAGCUAUGGCCUCUUGGAUACAUUGAACAAGCAUUUUCAAGUCACUCUCAAUAUUACUCGAGCACGAUCCGCUGGUCUACAGGCCGCUUACUUUGGUGCCUACCCACUGGCGUCUCUCGGACACGCGGCGUGGAUCUUGCGACACUACUCGUACAAGGCCGUGUUUAUCUGGGGACUCUGCCUUUACGCAGUCGGCGCUCUGAUCGCGAUUCCUUGCAUCAAGGCAAAAUCCUUCGCCGGUUUUUGUAUGGCCAUCUUUAUCAUUGGCAAUGGCUUGGGCUCUCUCGAAACGGCGGCCAAUCCUUACAUCACUGUUUGUGGCCCCCCAAAGUUUGCAGAAGUGCGGAUCAACUUGUCUCAGGCGUUCAACGGCAUUGGCACAGUCGUCGCACCCGUCCUAGGCUCCUACGUCCUGUUCAACUUUGAUGACCAGGCGGCCCUGGCCAACGUGCAGUGGGUUUACCUAUCUAUUGCCGCCUUUGUGCUGCUGCUUGCGAUCUUGUUUCUCUUUUCGAAUAUUCCUGAGAUCACUGAUGCUGAUAUGGCGCAUCAAGCACAAGAGGUGCAUUCGAGUGCACAUGAGAAGCCAUUUGUGAAACAGUACAGACUGUUCCACGCCGCCUUCGCACAGUUCUGCUACUGCGGUGCCCAGGUGGCUAUUGCAAGCAUGUUCAUCAAUUAUGCAACCGAGACGCGAAGCAACACCAGCGACUCUACAGGUUCAAAGUUUUUCGCCGGGGCGCAAGCGGCAUUCACCGUGGGCCGUUUCCUUGGCGUUUUGCUUAUGAAAUAUGUAAAGCCGCGGCAGGUCUUCCUUGUAUUUUUAACCAUGUGCAUUGUUUUUCUUGCACCUGCUGUUGCGGAACAUGGCAAUGUGGGCAUCUCGUUGCUCUACUGUGUGCUGUUCUUCGAAUCAAUCUGCUUCCCGACGAUUGUUGCCCUUGGUAUGAGGGGUCUAGGUCGACACACAAAGCGCGGUAGCGGCUUUAUUGUGGGAGCAGUCAUUGGCGGAGCUUGCGUUCCUCCAUUGACAGGCGUGGCGGCGGAUCGUCUUGGCACGGGUAGGAGUAUGGUCGUCCCCUUGGCUUUCUUCGUGGUUGCUUGGUCCUACCCACUCUGUGUCAACUUUGUGGAUAGGUAUAGAAAGGUGGCAGAUUCUUUCGAGGCUACACCUCGUGAGUCUCAUAUACAGGUCGACAUUGAGAAAAUCAAGGAGCAAGAGCACGAAGAGACGGUUGAGAAGUCUGAGGUGUGA